AGACUGUGUAAAUUUUAUUGUGUGUGUGAGUGUGUGUGUAAUCUGUAUGACAUCUGCCUUCACCGUGAGACGCGAUAAAUAAAAACAUUAUUAAAUAUUUUUAUUUAUUUAAACUAAUAAAUAUACAUAAUUUAUAAAUAAUUAAAUAUUUUUAAAUAACAACUAGUUAGAUUUUAUAUUAUUAAAUAAAUUAAUUAACAAUUAGAAUUUAACAGUGAAAAUUAAAAGAGUAAUAUUAUUAUUUUUUAUUUGACCGUUACAAGCACGCUCUAAAUUUGACGGUCAAGUGUAACGGCUAAAUUAUAAAUUUAUUUAUUUUUAUAUCAACAUUUAUAUUUAACAAGCUAAAAAUUAAAAUGAGACCAGAUUCAAGAAGUGUAUCAUUUACAUUUCAUCGUGAGGUGUUGGCUGAUAAAAAUUCACCUCAAUUAUCACGUAGUCGUCGUAAUUUACGUCAACGUCUUCAGGAUAGAUUUGACAAAGACAAAGAUUCAAAAGUUGAUUCUAAAAAUAAAAUAACAAUUGAUAAAACAAAUGAUAAAGGCUGGAGUAAUUUGAGCCUUGGUAAUGUAUCUGCUGAUUCAAGAAGAGCACUAAGAUCUGGUGCUGAAAAAAUAUCAAAAACAAUUUCAUCUGUUCGUACAACAUUUGGUACUAUAUCUCAGAAAUUUCGUAGUUCAACAAGACGAAGACAAAUAUUGGAUGAACAACAAUCACCAAUAAAUGGUGCAUCAAGAUCAGCAACACCUCAGACACGUUCACGUUGUCUUCUUGGUCGUACACCAACAAAAUUAUAUUCACCAUUUGGUAUUGAGUCACCACGUCAUGCUUGGGGAAAAGAAAAUGACACAAUUUCAUCAACAGAAAUUAUUAAAACAACACGUGAACCCCUAAGACCAUUUCGUUUUAUUAAAUCACGUGGUUUUUCAACACUCAGAUAAACAUCAUCAAGUACCUCAAAGCAUUACAACAAAAAACAACAACAAAAAAAUGACUCAAGUCAACAAAGAUACUUAAAUAUACAUACUCAAUUAUUUAUUGUAAAAUUUUUAAUUUUUAAGCAGUAUUAUUGUCAAAAUUAUUAUUUUUUUUUAUUUUAAAACUAUCAUUUAGAUGGUUAUUAUUUUUUUAAUUAAUAUUUUUUUUUUCUUUUUUUAACUUUUAUAUUUUAUCAAGAGUAUUAUUAUAUUCCAAUGAGUAUACCAAUUUUACAAGUAAUUUUUUUAAUCAUGAUUGAAUAAAACGGUGAUGAAUCAUUGUAAAAAAA